AUGAAUACUCAUUUAUCUACUAAAAUUUAUAAUUUCUUAGUAAAUGCAGAAGAGGAGCAUAUUACUGGAGCCUCCGUCAUCUAUCAAGGGAUUGAAGACGACCCAUGGGUAUCGAAGGAAGAGUUGAGAAGUAUUAUAUCUCAGGCAGUAAUUCUAGCAAAUAAUCAAAAUGUUCGAGGUUCUUCACGUCAUACAACUCUUCUAGAAAUUCUUUCAGAGUUUGACAUUUCAUAUAAAGCUAUUUUUAGUUUACGAGCCAUUGGGGUUGUAAAAGUAAAUGAAGAAGAACCUCUUAGUUCGGCCCAAAUCAGAAGCAAUAUAAAUAAGUUGAAAUCUAAACUUAAAAAAAACACAUCAACUCUUUAUCAACAUUUGUUCUCGGCCGUAAAUCGAGUAUCUACAGACGAAUUAACAUGGAAGGUUCCGCUGGGUAGUCAAGUUAUUGCAGAUGAAUCGGAUAUAAUAAAGAAGUUGCCAAAACAAUUACGUGAAAAUUUUAUGAAACCGGUACAAAACAUGGUGCCUACUACUCUUCCGGGGUUUAUACGAAAGAAAUGUAAUGAAUUUGUACGAGAUUUCGCUAGUCGUGAUACUAAUAAAUUACCCCGAGCACUUUUACAUGAUGGAAGGUGGAAGGAAUCAAACGAGAAGCUUGCCGAGAUCACUGAUGGAAUCUUGGAAACGCUGAAUGAUUCUUGGAAUAAUUCGGCAUUUAGUCCUGAAGAAGCUGAAGUAUUGAAUGAAGGAACUUAUCUAACAAAUUUGAUAGUUCCAGCAAUUCGAGCUAGUUUGAAAAAUCUCCCACAUGGGAAAUUCACCUAUAUUAGCACGUAUGAGCGACAGAGCAUCGCUAGUGCAGAUAGAAGAAAACGUUCAGGAAGACGCCCUGAUAUUAUAUUUGUAAUGAUGGAUAGAGGGAAAAAAUACGAACUUAUGUAUACAGAGUGCUCGCGUCUAUUUUGUACGGAACAAAAAAUAAAAGACGAUGCAGUAAAAAUAUGGCGUGAGACUAACGAUGGGAUGUAUUGGGUUUAUAAAGGUCGGAGGCCUGAAAAGGACGAAUUUGGAAUAAUUGGGUUGCAAGUUGCUGGAUCUAUAUUACGACUAACUGUUCUUAUCAGGGAUGGAGCUAAUGUAGAUAGAUAUUAUCAUUUACACGAGUCAAGGAUUCCUGUGCAAAAGUCAGAACCAGCUGUUGUAGCGAAAUUUAUAGAGACUUUAUUAAUCUUGCGUAAUAUUUUGAUAGUCAAUAUGUCCUUACUCCCUCAUGGGUCUACACCUAAAUCAGAUAGACAGAAAGAAGAUAGUACAACUGUAGAUUCUGAAUAA